AUGAACGAUUCAAGUAAAGAUAGAAAAGACGAUAUAAAUAAAAAUAUACACUAUCAAAACAAAAAUGAAGCAAAACCUUUGUAUAGUAAUAACUCCAAUUCUGGAGUGGGGAAUACACAAAAUAGUUUGAUAAACAACAAUCAGAAUUUUGAUGGGGGUAAUAAUGCCCAAAACAGCUAUCAAAAUAAAAGUGAAGUUCCAUAUUUUAUGAAUACUAAUGAAAACUAUGUAGAAUUAUAUAUUAAUAAAGUAAAGGAAAUAUAUUACUUUCAUGUAUUUUAUCAUUAUUUAAAAUUAGGAUAUCCUGAAAAGGACGCAGCUAUUGAAUCUAAAAAAUAUAUUUUUAUAACAUUAAAUAGAUAUUUUUUACUUGUUAAAAAUGCGAUAUUAUCAUCACCUGAAUCUAUAAAACAAAUUAAUAAUUGUGUAUCAUCCAACUUGUUAUAUUAUCAACAACAAACAAAUCUACAAGAAUUUUUAUUGCAUCAGCAAGCAAACUUACAAAAUGGCAAUUUGCAAAAAUUAAAUUUAUAUGAUCAAAUGAAUUUAAAUAAUUUAGGGAAUUUAAGCAGUAUGGGGAUAAGCAAUAUUAAAUUGCCUUUAGCCAAUAAUGAAAAUUUAGCAGAUCUAUCUAAGAUAAGUAAUAGCGAACAUAUACCUGGUCGAAAUGAUAUGGGAGGGAAUGCAGCUACUUCUAUUAGAGGUGGUAAUGCUAACUCUACCAAUAAUAAUAAUCGCGGAAAUAGUUUCCUUGACAAAAACAAUGCAUAUGGUUAUGAUUCCAAUACUGGUAAAGAAAAUAAAUCCCUAUAUAAUAAUAAUUACUAUAAUUUGAGGGCAGACAAAAUUAAUAAUAUGAUUGAUUCAAUUGAAGAGAUGAAAAAAUUAAAUAAAAAUAUUAAUGAUAAAAAAAAUCUUGGUGAUUACAAUUUUGGGUUAGAACAAAUGAGUAAUUAUCAAAAUAACUUCUCAGGAAGUGGUAGUACUAGCUAUAUUAAUAAAAACGAAAAUAUAGGUGGUUUCGGUAAUAAUAAUGAUGAUAAAAAAAAAAAAAUAAGUUUUAGCUUAAAUAAGUCUAAAAAUAAAAUAUUUCAAUCAUUUAAUAAUGCCUAUAAUGAUCCUAAUAAUAGAAAAAAUUUGAGUGAUGCAGUGAGUGAAGUAAGUGACUUGAGCGAUGAAAAUAAAGGUGGCAAUACUAGUGUAAUUAAUAAUAGUGGCUUAUAUGGGUACAAUAACAUUCAAAAUGCAAGUUAUAGCCAAAAUAAUAAUAAUAUCGGAGUAAAUAAAGGCGGAUUAUAUAACCUGAAAGGGAAUAAUAACAUGGAUGGAAGAAAUAAAAUGAAUUAUGAUAAUUUUUAUGGAAAUGUAAAUAAUUAUAACUACAAUACGAAUUAUAAUAAUAUCGAAAACAGAAAUAACAAUUUCCCAACUGGGAAUACACUAAAAUAUGGUGUUAAAGGAGGGGAACACGAAAAUAAUUAUGGUUUUAAUAAUAAAGGUAUAAAUAAAAAUUUAGAAGCGAAUAAUAAUAUGCAUGAUGCCCAAUAUAAUAAUGUAUUCUCUAUGGAUUAUGGACCAAAUAAUGAAAAUGUUACAAAUGAUCUAAGAAGUGGUGGCCUUUAUAAUAUGAAUAAGAUGAAAAAUAGAGGAAAUGAAAAAGAUAAUUUUAUGUAUGAUAAUAAUAAGUUAAAUAAAAAUAGUGAUUAUAGAAUGGGGGAAGAAAAUUAUAAUUUUGAUAAAUCAGGAAAUGAUUACAAUUCAGAUAAUUACGAAUAUGAUGGUGGCGAAAUGGUAAACAAUAAUGAAAAUAAUAUGAGCGGAUAUGGGAAAUUAGCUAGUAGCAAUAACUCAAAACUGACAAACUUAGAAUUUUUCCAAAAUUCUAGUGAAGUAGCAAAUAAACCGGAUGGCUUUAGGACUUAUAUAAACAAUUUAAAUGAGCAUUUUAGAGAACAGUGUAAAAAUAAAGAGUUUUCUAAAAGCUUAAAAUUUUUCAUAAGUAAAUUAUUUGCAUUAAAAAAGAAAAAAAUAUUAAAAUCAACUUUAUGGGUAAAUAACAUUUUGCCAACAAAAGAAGAAGUUAUAGCAUUGGAUGUGCAAUUUUACCUAAAUAAUAAAAGGUCGAAACGAAAAAUUGGAAAUAACUUAGAUAUGGAUAUCGAUUUAUUAGGAAUGAAUUUAAAUGACAAGAAAAUGAAAUUAAGCUUAGAAGAAAUAGAAAAGAGAGAAAAACGAAAAGAAAGAUGCUUUGAUAUUGGAAAAAGCAAGAAAAAGGAAUUAGGAGGAGAUAAUGCUUUUCACCUUGAUAUAUCUGGAGAAAAGGGAAGUGAAGAAUAUAGAAAUCUUGAAAUGCUAAUUGACAAAUAUAAUUAUUCUAGUUGUUAUAAGAAUAAAAAUUUUGUUGGAGAAUGUAAAAAUAUUCAAAAAUUUUUUUUUCGAUUAACUUCCCUUCCGGAAACGAAAAAUGUACGAAGUUUCUCCGUUUUAAAGUGCACAUAUGCAUAUAUUUUAUAUAAAUACAAUAUUGACAAAAAUUAUAAAUACGUAAAUGAGCAAUUUAGAUCUAUGCGACAAGAUCUAAAUAUACAAAAUAUUUUUCACCAUGAUGUUAUAAAUAUUUACGAAACAAAUAUUAGGAUAUGCAUUGUGAAUAAUGACUUGUUUCAAUUUCUACAAUGUAUUAACAAAUUGUUUGAAUUGUAUCAAAGGCUUAACAUAAAAAAAUCGAAGGUUGAAUUUCUAUGCUAUAAGCUAAUCUAUUUAACUCUUCAAAAUAUGCAUCAAGAAUUUAUUGUCGAAUAUUUAACUCUAAGUGAAGAAGAGAAAAAUCAUUCGAAUAUCCAAUUAUGUUAUUAUUUAAAUGAAUGUAUAAAAAACAAAAUGUAUUUAAUUAAUAUCAAUAUGAUAUCACCCUUAAAUGAAGAAGAAAAUCAUGAAUACAUAUAUUAUAGAGUAUUUGUGAAUAAUCAUAUAUUGGCAUAUUUACCUACUUUAAUGUCAAUAAAUGAAAAUGCUGAUUUAAAUGUAAAUAUUGAUUCACUUUCCGCAUUUGUUAAUGAGCAUAGUGAUCCAAAUAGGCUUGAGAAUAUCCAGAAUGAUGUUAUUAUGACAGAUAAUAAUGUAAUUAAAAUGCCUUAUUUGACGAAUUAUUUAAUUGUUUUGUUUUUACCCAAAUAUAGGCUUUUGGCCCUUAUAAAUAUAUGCAAGACGAGCAUAAAGGUAAAUAUAUCAACUUUAACCAAAUUGUUAAAUUUUGAAAAUGAUAACGAAUGUUUAAAUUUUUUAAACGAGGUUAACACAAUUAUAAAUAAUAAUGAAGUAUUAAGCAAAUCAUCGCUUGUUAAUCUUUUGAAAUCGCCAUUGCUCAAAAAUAAAUAUAUAAAUCAUAUAAGAUAG